AUGAAGAUCUGCAAAGUGAUGACCUGCAAAGUGACAACCUACAAGGUGACGACCUGCAAGGUGACGAUCUACAAGGUGACAACCUACAAGGUGACGACCUGCAAAGUGAUGACCUUCGAGAGGAUAAACAACAACUUGAUGAAAAUUAA